AUGUCAGAGGCCUCCACACCCCUGGGAGAAUCAAGCACACUGCAACCGGGCUCGGCACAGCAGCUGAACCGCUCCUGUGAGUCAUGCAGAAGUCUCAAGGUACGCUGUUUGCCUAGCCCGUCCACGCCUAAUCAGUGCCAGCGAUGUGCGAAGGGGAAGAGGACCUGCGUCUUCGUGCCCCCGCAGAGACGCCGGCCCCGUAAGCGGACGGACUCACGUGUGGCACAGUUGGAGAAGGAGAUGCGGAUGAUGCGUUCGCUGUUGAAGGGUCGGAUUCGGGAGGAAAGUGAGCCCGAAUCGGAGGGUAGUGAGGUUGAUGAUCGGGAUUUGGAGGGCGAUGGGGAGUUGAAAACUAUGCGGGAUCAUUCUGCACAUUCUUCGGAUCGAUACAUGGAUUAUUCGCCUGAGUUGAUGAAUACCCAUCCUGGUGGGCAUGAUCGUGUGCCCUUUUCGGGUCCUCCGUCUUUCGCUGGGUUGCCACCUGGUUUUGAGAUGGAGGAGACUCCGCCUGUUGAGGAUGUGAUCGACCGGGGUAUUCUCUCCCUUGAAGACGCGGAGCAGCUGGUGGCAUAUUUCAUCCACGAGCUCGCAUAUUUCUUUCCGUUGGUUGUCUUGCCCCUGAAUACAACGGCAGCGCAACUGCGACAGACAAAGCCAGUCCUCUUUCUCUCCGUCAUCGCGGCCACAUCAAUAUCCGUUGACGCUGGAUUGGCAGCGGUGUUAAAUCGCGAGAUGGUCCGGCUCUAUUCCGAAAGGUUCUUCAUCGAAGGCGAGAAAUCACUAGAAUUAGUGCAAGCCCUUCUCCUCAUGAUCAUCUUCUACUUUCCACCAGCGUCGCCCCUGAAACUGCAAUUCUAUCAGUACACGCACAUCGCCUCGACGAUGGCGCUUGAAAUCGGUCUCGCCAACAAGCGUCGAGUCUCGAAGAAGUCCGACCGGAAGAACAGACUUGAGCCGCACGAUGAGUUGCUAGCUGAACAAGCAAGAGCAGUUCUGGGCUGCUACCACCUUGGCUCAACAGUAGCGAUGAAAACUCGUCGACAGAAUCUCCUCCAAUUUAACGACUGGGUGACCGAAUGUGUCAAACAUCUCGAACACUCCCCCCACCGAACAGAUCAGCAUUUGGCAGUGUGGUUCGAGCUUCAGCGUAUAACAGACGAGGCGAUGUCUUCGUUCGGUCUGGAUGAUACCAGUGCCACCUCGCCUUUGACGGAGUCAAGAGUACAAGCCGUGCUGCGAUGGUUCGACAAGCGAAUGGAUACAUGGAAGAAGAAUACUCCUUCAGCCAUGCUGACAGUUCCAAUGAUCCUCGAAUACCGCUCCACAGCCCUGGCAAUGUACGAACUAGGCGUAGGCGAAGGCUAUCGCGACCCAGACGCAAUAAAAAGACGCUACUUCAUACUCCCAGCCCUCGACGACGAACACGAAAACGAUCCCGAAUCCUCAGACCCAGACCCAACGACUGCCCCAAUCGGAACAAACACACAACAGCCUACCGGCACAAACACCCUCAGCGCAAUCCGCAUCGACAUAAACAUGAAAUGGAUGAACGCCGCGCAGGAAAUGCUUGACGCAGUCCUAGCAUGCAGCAUAGACACGAUGCGGAAAUUGCCCAACUUGAUGUACACACGGCUAGCGACGGCCGUGACGGCAUUGCUGAAGAUUCAUUUCUCUGUGCGGACUGGGGCACUGGGCGAAGUCGUCACGCCUGAGACGGUGAAUGUGGCAUAUUAUCUGGAUGCUCUUGCUGCGAAACUUGGCGAGGCGGGCGGUGGUGGAAAGUACAAGAUUCCUAGUCGGUGGUAUCAGGUUGUCGGUGUCAGAGGGCGUGAUUGGUAUGAACGGUUGGAAAGACGGUAUAGCGGGAAUAUCGGGGUGGGAGUUGGAUUGGGGGCUAGUCCAUCAACCGGAACAGGAGUGACAAGGGAGCCGGUGGGCAUAUCAGCUCAAACACCAGGUAUUGGACCAGGAUCACACCACAGUACCGCAACACCCUCUUCAAAUCACUCCCACACCCACCUGAACGUGAAUGUGAACCCAAACACACAAACACAAGCAGGAAUGGACCCCUACCCCGUCUCAGCAGCCGUGAGUCCCAUCCCACCACACGCACCGGGAAUAGAAAGCGGCUAUGUAGCAAUGAGCGGAGGACCGGGAAUGUGGCCCGGGGCUGGUCCGAGUCCGAUGGAUGCGCAUAAUCCACAUUUCUUCCAUUCCCUCCCACCGGGGUAUCAGCCUUUGCCUGCGCAUUCACAUCCAGCCAUGCAGUCGCAGUUUGCCUAUGAGGCACAGCGUAUGCCGGCCCAGGGACAUGUUCAAGUUCAUCAGGGUCAAAGCCAGGGUCAGCCACAAGCUCCAGGGAUGCAUGGGACGGGCAUGGAGCUUGAUGGGUGGUUGCCCGAUGGGAGUAUUUUUGGGAUGCCGCCGCUGCCUGAGUUUUGA